GGCCCCUCCCUCCCUCUCUCCCGCCUCGAUUUGUAGGCUUGUAGCGGUCAAAUCAGAUUCGUCCCACCUGCGAACUAUCCCAAAGUGAAAAUUUGCGAUAUGCACACUGUCUACACGUGUAUUAAAGUACCUGCAGUCUCAUUUUUACCAAGUUCUUCUACCACCAAUGCCCGGCAGCAACCCCAGUGGAACUCAGCCUCCGCCGGUCAGCGUCAACCAGGGUAACACCAUCGUCCCAUUUAUCGUCGCUGUCCAAGUCGUACGGAUUGGAGGUCGCGGGGUCCUCGUCCUCUCCUUCGCUCUCGUCUUGUUGCGUCUCAUCUUCUUCUUCUUCCUCGGCCUCUUAGUCUUCUGAGUACGUAACGGCACGACGCAGACCCAGGUUUGAGCGGAAGGCAGGGUUAACCAGGCUUUUCUGCAAAGCAGGCCAGCUCAUUUGGGAAAACCUUUUUGCAGAGAAUGAUCAUGUUCUCCUUGACG